GUACGCAACGCAGGCUAGCCCAGUCGCGGCGGCAAAGAAUAAGGGAAGGGGCCCUGGCCGCGACGCGCUCGCCCAUUCGCCGCCCCUUCCCCUCCUUCAGCGAAGGAACAGAGAAAACCUAAAGAGGGGAGGAUGGUUCGAACUCUCUCUCCUCCCCGUCCGCGAGCAGCGUGAGAGGCGCUUUUCCCUUCUCCUUCUCGUCUGUCUCGCACGCAUCCUCGCCACCCAGAUCCUCCGCGGCCAUGGAAUCCCCCGACUCGCCCUACGCUUCCUCCCCCGAGGCUGCCCCCAAGCGUUCCCAGCAUCCCAGAUCUCUGGCCCCCGAUGAUAAGGAGAAACCAACACACAUUAGGUUUCUUGUGUCAAAUACUGCAGCUGGCAGUAUUAUUGGAAAGGGUGGAUCAACCAUUACUGAAUUUCAGUCACAGUCUGGAGCUCGUAUUCAGCUAUCACGCAAUCAUGAAUUUUUUCCAGGAACAUCUGAUAGAAUAAUCAUGAUUUCUGGAAUGCUUAGUGAAAUAACAAAGGCAAUGGAACUCAUCCUUGAGAAAUUGCUAACUGAGCAGGCAGAAGAGAGUAACGAUGUUGAAAGUAGAUCAAAAGUGAGGCUUAUUGUUCCAAAUAGCUCAUGUGGUGGUAUAAUCGGCAAAGGAGGAUCAACAAUAAAGUCAUUUAUUGAAGAUUCCCGGGCUGGCAUUAAGAUAUCGCCUCAGGAUCAUAAUUUUGUCGGGCUGAAUGAUAGGGUAGUUACAUUGACAGGGUCUUUCGACGAACGGAUGCGAGCUGUCUAUCUUAUAUUGUCGAAGUUAAUGGAAGAUGCUCAUUAUCCACAAACUUUAAAUUCACCAUUUCCAUAUGCAGGUGUUAAUUUUCCGGGUUAUCCUGGUGUUCCCAUGGGCUAUAUGAUCCCCUCAGUAGCAUACAGCACAGUAACUUAUGGAUCGAAUGGACUUGGGGGAAAAUACCCAAGUAACAAGGGUAUGAUGUCGCAAGCAGUUCCUGCAAGGUCAUCUAUGGGGUCUCAUGAAGGCCAAGGCAGCUCAGUCACAAUGGGUGUUGCAGAUGAGCAUAUUGGUGCUGUCGUCGGUCGUGGGGGAAGAAACAUAAUGGAGAUUAGUCAGGUUAGUGGGGCUAGGAUUAAGAUAUCAGAUAGAGGUGAUUUCCUCUCUGGCACCUCAGAUAGGAAAGUAACAAUCACUGGAUCACCGGAAGCAAUUCGCACUGCUGAGGCUAUGAUUAUGCAAAAGGUUUCAUCUAAUUCUGAGAGGUGAUACAUGUUCUCUGAUAAGUUUUGUUGUCCAAUUCAAGUGGUUUGCUGCAGUUGCUUUCAAGCUAGAUCUGUGCAUCAAUUAUCCUGUUGGAUGAGAUUCAUUAGAUCAAUGUUAUGGUAGAGUUGCUCUGGGUACAUGGUGUUCACAAGCGCUGCGAUUUAUGCUACAGGGGGAAAGAAAAAGUUGUUUGUUUCUGAUAGUCCAGGGUGAGUGUCUUGUCCGCAAUAGUUUUUGUAGGCAUCCGCAUAGAUAAGGAAAAAGUGGCUCUCAAAAAGCAGUAAGUUAUAUUUUGGUGUUUGAGGCUGGAUUGAGCUCUAACAUAAGUGUAAGAGUCUGUUUUUACCAUUUUGACCAACAGAACUGUAGUUGAUGUUCUUCUUUUACAUGCACCAUGAAUUCUCUUUAUCGAAUGAAACUGCCAAAUUCCUAUGCACAAA